UAAGAGGAGGCGGGGUGAAGGCUGGUUUAUGAGUAUGUGUGUGUGCGCGCGUCUUGUACACACACCAUCAGCUCGGAUUUCUUUCCUGCCUGGACUAUUAUCAUUAAUAUUAUUAUUAUUUUUGUCGGAGGAUGUGGCGGUGGGGGGAGAAGAAGAAAUGACUUGGAAUUAAUUGCUCCGGUGGCUUUGCAUUGAUUUUCUUUCCCCUUCCUUCUCUCUCCGGGUUAGUGCAUUGCUAACCCUCUUUUUUUUUAAUAUUGUUUCCGAAAAAUUUAAAACAAAAUCCUGCAAAGGAAGGAAGAAAGUAGGGGGGAGAAAAAGGGGAGAAGGCGAAGAAAAAAAGUGAGGAGGGUUUCUUGAAACAGACGGCGCACAUUUUCUUGUUGUUUUGGAGAAGUUCGAGCUCCUCCAUAUUGGAGAGCAAAGCGACGAGCUGAGGGGGGAAAAAAACAACCGCCGCCACACCGAGGAGGAUCAAACACACACAACAACCCCCUGGCAACAACCCCAGCGCCUCGGCACGUCGACAAACAGUUUGUUUUUCUCUCUCUCUCUGAGGGAAUUCAGUUUUUUUUUGGUGAGAAAAUCUCCCCAGCACUCACCGGACAGCUUGGCGUCUCCUCUCCCGGGCCGCGCAAAAGGCGGUUAUUUUUUGAAUUUCCUCCUUUUUUAAAAAAAAGUCAACGUUGAUAUAAAUGGUGGACUGACUUAAUUUUUAUUUCUUUUUAUUUUUUUUUGUUUUAGGGAAAGAAUUUUAAGAAGAAAGUUGCAGGGAAUAUAUUUCCUGUGUUUUUUAAAGGACAUAUUUAAAUUCUCGCCCCCGUCCCUUUGGCCAGUAUCCAUAAUAACAUACAUUAUAUUUUUUUCUGGGGGUGCUUUUUAUUUCGUUUUUUGUUUUAUUUUCGGUGCAUUUUCUGAAGGAAACCGGCGAGGGCCCGGCGGCCGAGGGCUUGUUCGAUGGACAGCACGUCCAUUAUAACGCAGGUCUGCAAAGAGGAUGAAAUUAUUUCAUCGUCCCAGGAAAAAGUUUCUCAGAGUGGCCUCAGCUUGAAAAAGCAGAGGAGUCGUAGCUUUUUCAGCUCGUUCUUCUGUUGCUUUCGUGACUACAAUGUGGAGUCAAACAGCAACAGCAGCAGCAAUGUCCAGUCCCCAGCAGUGGAGGAGAAUGGGUCGAUUGCUAAGCCUCCAGCCAAAUACCUCUUACCAGAGAUGAGAGUAUCUGAUGUUGGAAAGAAAUGUGUAGUGAUCGACUUAGAUGAAACCUUAGUACAUAGUUCCUUUAAGCCUAUUAACAAUGCUGAUUUCAUUGUUCCUGUUGAGAUAGAUGGGACAGUUCACCAGGUUUAUGUGUUGAAAAGGCCGCAUGUCGACCUAUUCCUUCAAAAGAUGGGGCAGCUCUUCGAAUGUGUUCUCUUCACAGCCAGUCUAGCCAAGUAUGCAGAUCCUGUGGCCGACCUGCUGGACCGCUGGGGAGUUUUCAGGGCCAGGCUCUUCAGAGAAUCCUGCGUUUUCCACCGGGGGAACUAUGUCAAAGAUCUCAGUCGGCUAGGGAGGGACUUGAGUAAAGUCAUUAUAGUGGAUAAUUCGCCGGCAUCCUACAUCUUCCAUCCUGAAAAUGCAGUGCCUGUGCAGUCCUGGUUCGAUGACAUGUCGGACACAGAGUUGUAUGAUCUGAUUCCAUUCUUUGAAGGACUGAGCAAAGAGGAAGAUGUUUACACUAUGCUGCAGAACCUCCGUGGCAGGUAGCGACCGAGCUCCAGGCAUGUCCUCGUGGCAAAUUCUUUGCAUUGAUCUUGGCCCAAUUUUUUUUUAAAUUUCCAUCCCACCCACAGCCUCCCUCCCCCCAACCCCCUUCAGCGUUCUGAUUUUUUUUUUUGUAAUAAGGAAGUUUCCUUCAGUCCCCCACCCACCCAAUGCCUUGCUUGGAUCAGAACUGCAUCUUGUGGAGUAGGAGUGGGAAAUAUCUCCAAAUGGGAAGCACUUCAGCGUUAGCUGCCGUGAGCUUACCACGGACAUGGUGAUUGGUGACUGUCCAGCCUCUCGAAGCCUGACGUCAGGAAGUCAAACAUAACCAGACUUUUAAAAGGAAACAACUAUCACUUUAAAAAAACACACACAUACACAUGCCACGUUGGAAAACAAGGAGAAGAAAGAAUCUACUGCAGACUGCAGUUGGAAUAUAAACCCUCUCCUUCUCUCCGCCUACCAAAAACAAGUAUUCGGGCAGUUCUGUGAUAUUUUUUAAAGUUUUAUUUGCUCUUCGGUUUCUUUUCACAGAUAUUGCUAUGCAGACAGUCGUACUGAUCUACAGUAGCUGACCUUACUCUGUGACCUAUUUUGCAGAAUGAAGUGCCUUUUUGAAAAACAAAAAUUGAUAAUUUUAGACGAGAAAGAAAAGCAAACUUAAUUUUUUUGUACUCCGCAUAUUCCAGAGAUCUUUUAUCUUUUAAUGACUGUAUGUUUUAAAACGAGAGAGAAAAAAACACCUUAGUCUUUAUGAGCACUGUUAUUUAUGCUGAACACAUUGAAUUAUAAGUGCUGGGUACAAGAUUGCAGAGCCAUUAAACUUUUAAAUUUUA